UUAACCAACAACAAAAAAAAAGAAACACUAAAGAUGCCUAUAAUAUCAAUUACUUCACCUUCCCAUCUUUUAAUAACAAUAUUUAUGAUUUUGUUGUCAAGCAAGAUGUUCUGCAUUUCCCUUUCUCAAAAUCUUCUUUGUCCAACUGGGACUCCGAAGGUCGGACUCCCAGUAACCAAAGAAGAUAUUGACUUGUUGCAAUUCUCUGAGAAUUUAGAGUUUUUGGAAGCUGAAUACUUCUUGUGGGCUGUACAUGGUUAUGGUCUUGAUAUUGUAGCACCAGAAUUAGCCAUGGGAGGGCCUCCUCCCAUUGGUGUCCGCAAAGCAAAUCUUGAUUUUUUUACAAGUAACAUCAUCAAUGAGUUUGCCAUGCAAGAAGUUGGUCAUCUAAGGGCACUUAGAUCGAAAGUAGGUGGUUUGCCAAGACCUUUGAUGGAUCUAAGUUCUAGACACUUUGCACAUCUAUUUGAUGAAGCAUUUGGUUACAAAUUACAACCCCCAUUUGAUCCUUAUAGAGAUAGUCUCAAUUUCAUGUUGUCUUGCUAUGCACUACCUUAUGCUGCAUUAGUUGGCUAUGUUGGUACAAAUCCCCUCAUUCAAGGCUAUGAAUCAAAAAGGGUUUUGGCAGGACUAUUAGGUGUUGAAUCAGGACAAGACGCAAUGAUCAGAAUGUACCUUUACGAGAGAGCUGGAAAAGUAGUAUACCCUUACAGACACACUGUGGCGGAGUUCACAAUCCACAUUUCCAAUUUAAGAAACCGUUUGGCAAUGUGUGGUAUUAAAGACGAAGGCUUGUUCGUGCCAUGGCAGCUUGGUGCAGAGAAUCGGACAACAACAAACAUAUUAUCAGCUGAUUUGUAUUCUCUUUCUCAGUGGCGAACUCCUGAAGAGAUUCUAAGGAUUAUGUACAACACUGGUAGUGAAAAUGCUCAUGGCGGGUUCUUUCCUCGUGGUGCAAAUGGCAACAUUGCUAAAAAUUUGCUAAAACUAGAGUGCGGGAUAAAAAAUGCUACAAAAAAAAACGAAAAGAAAACACUAAUUAAAUCUUAGAAAUUAGAUCAAUGUCGGUUAGUUGACUAGCUGGACUUUCAUUUUGUUGGUGAAGGUUUGAUUGUCUGUCUUGUAAUACUCUCGCUAAUUUCCCAUUCACUUCCCCUCUCUGUGUAA